GAAGAUCCGUGGUCUGGGGGCUCAUUAAUUUCUGAGCGCUCUAUCUGUCUCCCAUUUUUUCUCGCCAUUACCUCCGAUUCUCCGAAACCCGCUGAACAACGACUCCUGUCUCUCUCACUCGGCUCACUCCCUCCAUCCCCUUUAUCAAUGUACUGUAAUAACAAAUGAACUUUUCUCCACGAAUGCUGUGUCUCAUCCCGACGAACGACCAGGACAUGUUGCUGGUUGCAAUUUUACUGUCUUAACAUUCAAGUCAAGAUGAAGGCAGGCCCACUGUGGAAGCUCAGGUUUCUCCUAUGAAUUCAUUAUGAAGCCUCUAAUCUCCAUAAUUGCAUAUCUACAGUGGAGCUAAGCUAAAACUGUUCUCUUUCCUAGAUGUAUACAUAACGACAUGUUGCUGGUUGCAAUUUUACUGUCUUAACAUUCAAGUCAAGAUGAAGGCAGGCCCAUUGUGUUUUUCAGUUUUACAACACGAGAGGCGCAGAGUCUCAUCUUUAUUGAAAAGAAGCCCUUUCCUAAAACCAAGGACACAGGCAGGUUUUUGGUCAGAGAACUUCAACACCUUGAGAGGGAGAGUUGGAAACAUUUGUAGCUUUUAUCUGAAUGGAUCCGGUACCCAUGGUCCUUCUGUAAGGGGAUACUAUAGUGGAAAAUGGAAGCAACAUUAUAUGACAAUGAAAAUAGGAGGAAAUGAGAGCACCCAGAGCAUUAAACUGUAUAGCUUCAAGCAUGAAGUCUUUGACAGAAAAGUUACAGUAGGCACCAAGUUUACCAUAAAUAAGUCAGAGAAUGGAGAGUCUGAAAGAGUUGAAUACUGUGAUAUUCAACAGAAGAUUGCUGAUAGUAGGGUAUUAGAUCAACAUGUAACAUUUUUCGUUUUUGAUAUUGAAACCACUGGAUUGAGCAGAAAGAAUGAGCGAAUCAUUGAAAUUGCUAUUCAGGAUCUCCUAGGGGGCAAGAACAGUACUUUCCAGACCCUAGUCAACCCUGAACGUGUUGUCCUCAAUUCACAUGUUCAUGGCAUCACAACCAGUAUGGUUAACAGACCUGAUGUUCCAAGGAUGGGGGACUUGAUUCCAAUCUUAAAGGAAUAUGUCAAAAGCCGCCAAAAACCUGGGGGCAUCAUUGUAUGGGCUGCUCACAAUGCACGCAGUUUUGAUGUGCCCUUUCUGAUCAAGGAGUUCAGCCGCUGCUCCAUUGAGAUUCCUCCAGAUUGGGUGUUUUUAGACACACUUCCUCUUGCUCGGCUGUUGAUGAAGCCAGAUGGAUCAAAACUUGAUUCAAUAUCUCAGCAAUCACUUCGUGAGUACUAUGGAAUACCAAUGGUGGGUUCAGCCCACAGAGCCAUGUCGGAUGUCCAAACGUUGUCGCGAAUAUUACAGAAGAUGACUUUUGACCUGAAGAUGCCAAUCGUGAGCCUUGUCGAAAGAUGUUUCAAGGCUUCUGACCUGAUUAACACAAAGAAGAGCGUGACCUAGCCUUCUUUCUCGGAUGUCGCUCCUGUACACAGGAGCAGAGCGGCAGCAGCACUAGCGCAAACCCCAACCCAUAUAGUUGCUUUUGUGAUGUGUAACUAUUGAUUGUAAUUUAGAUUUUCUCAUUUCUUUCAAUAGGGACUUCCAAGCUAUUCUGUGAAUACGCUUGUUCAUGCUCACGGGCUAGGCCGGGCUCGGCCCAACCCAACCAUUUGGGCCUAGAUUUUGAGCCCGAGUCCAGCCCUUGUAUAAAGCUUGAAGCCCAACCAAAAAAUUGGGCAGGAAGUUUUUUUUUUAUAUUUUUAUUCAACGAUAAAAAUGAUUUAUUUA